AUCCUUUCUCUUUCUCCUCGCUCCCCCACCUUAUCCUACGCACCCCUCCUUAGGGUUCUUCUUCUUCUCUUUCUCUUCCUCUUUCUUCAUGCUUCGUCGGAGAGUUAGGGUUUUCUCACUUCAGACUUCAUAGUUGCUUCACAGCACAUGGAUCACAGAACAAAGUCGAAGGACUCGCUCAACUACUCUACUCUCUUCAAUCUCGAGUCUUUGAUGAACUUUCAACUUCCAGAACAAGAUGAUGAUUUCGAUUAUUACGAAAAUAGUAGUCAGGAUGAGAGCAGAGAUAGCCAAGUAGGUAGGGCUGUUGCAAAUUACAGUAAUGGGAAUAUGCGUGGUAAGGAGGUGAGUUCGGCGAAGAAGAGGAAGUGGUCUCAGAACGGGGACAAUGAGGAAAGGAGCAUAUAGGUCGAUGCUUGGAGAGCAUAUUCAGAAAUACAAGAGGAGGUUUAAUGAUAACUCAUCUAGUCCUGCUCAAAAUCAGGUUGUUGCUCCUCUUCUCAAAAGUAGCGUGGGUUCAAAAGCUCACAAGUCAGGGACUGAACUCAGGAGGGGACUACAUGCUGCAGAGACUACAUCUGAGUGGAUGAAUGGUUCCAAUUCUCAGAAAAUGGGAAAUUACCGUGAUUCCGAUCUCUUGAAGCAAUAUUGCCCCAAUAGGACAAUAUAUGAACCUGCUUUUUUGGAUAUUGGGGAUGGUAUCACUUACAAGAUUCCUCCAAGAUAUGAUAAGUUAGCUGCAUUGCUCAACCUUCCUACCUUCUCAGAGAUCCAUGUUCAGGAUUUCUACUUAAAGGGUACCUUGGAUUUGGGAUCCUUGGCUGAAAUGAUGGCUGCUGAUAAAAGAUUUGGGAACAGAAACCGGAUAGGCAUGGGGGAAACCAUACCCCACUAUGAAUCACUUCAGGCACGAUUGAAGGUCAUGUCAGCUUCUAAUUCACCUCAUAAGUUCAGUCUGAAAGUAUCAGACUUGAACUCCUCCAUUCCCGAGGGGGCUGCUGGAAACAUCAAGCGAUCUAUUCUGUCCGAGGGUGGUGUAUUGCAGAUUUACUAUGUGAAGGUUUUGGAGAAAGGGGACACUUAUGAGAUCAUUGAACGAAGCCUACCCAAGAAGCAAAAGGUAAAGAAAGACCCUGCUUUGAUAGAGAAGGAGGAAAUGGAAAGAAUUGGUAAGAUUUGGGUGAACAUUGUUAGAAGAGAUAUACCCAAGCAUCAGAGGAACUUCACUGCUUUGCAUCGAAAGCAGCUUGUUGAUGCCAAGAGGUUUGCUGAGAACUGUCAGAGAGAGGUUAGGCUGAAAGUGAGUAGAUCAAUUAAAUGGACGCGGACUGCUGGUAUACGCACCCGAAAACUUGCUAGAGACAUGUUGCUAUUCUGGAAGCGAAUAGAUAAGGAGAUGGCAGAAGUACGGAGACGAGAGGAGAAAGAAGCCGCUGAAGCUUUGAGGCGUGAACAGGAGCUUCGUGAAGCAAAGCGGCAGCAGCAAAGGCUGAAUUUUCUUAUACAGCAAACUGAGCUGUACAGUCACUUUAUGCAGAACAAGUCAAGCUUGAUAUCAGAAGCUUUACCCAUGGGUGAUGAAAGUACAAAUGACCAAGAUCUAAUUGACUCUUCAACUUUUGGGCGUAAUGAGGAGGAAGAUCAUGAAGAGGCUGAGUUGAAGAAGGAAGCUCUGAAGGCUGCUCAAGAAGCUGUUUCCAAACAGAGAAGAUUGACAAGUGCUUUUGACACCGAGUGCUUGAGGCUGCGCCAGGCUGAUGAAGCUGAUUUACUCCAACCAGCUCUCUCCUCAACCAUGCCAGUGGCCUCCACAGUUCGGACACCAGAAUUGUUUAAAGGUGUUCUCAAAGAGUAUCAGCUAAAAGGUCUUCAAUGGCUAGUUAAUUGUUAUGAGCAGGGUUUAAAUGGUAUUCUUGCGGACGAGAUGGGUCUUGGAAAGACCAUUCAGGCUAUGGCUUUUUUAGCCCAUCUAGCUGAGGAGAAAAACAUAUGGGGACCUUUCCUGGUUGUUGCACCUGCAUCUGUAUUAAACAAUUGGAAUGAGGAACUUGAGCGCUUUUGCCCUGAACUGAAAAGACUUCCUUAUUGGGGUGGGGUUGCAGAGCGGUCAGUGCUUAGGAAAAGUAUUAACCCAAAGGAUCUUUAUCGCAGGGAAGCCAAAUUUCAUGUCCUCAUCACAAGCUAUCAGUUAUUAGUUACUGAUGAGAAGUUUUUUCGUCGUGUAAAAUGGCAGUACAUGGUUUUAGAUGAAGCCCAGGCAAUUAAAAGUUCUGCCAGUAUAAGAUGGAAGACGCUCCUAAGUUUUAAUUGUCGGAAUCGCUUACUGCUGACUGGUACACCUAUUCAGAAUAAUAUGGCAGAGUUGUGGUCUCUUUUGCAUUUCAUUAUGCCAACAUUAUUUGACAGCCAUGAGCAGUUUAAUGAGUGGUUUUCAAAAGGAAUUGAGAACCAUGCUGAACAUGGGGGUACUUUGAAUGAGCACCAACUGAAUAGAUUGCAUUCAAUCUUAAAGCCGUUCAUGCUGCGCCGUGUUAAAAAAGAUGUAAUCUCUGAGCUGACCACUAAAACUGAAGUUACAGUUCACUGCAAGUUGAGUUCUCGACAACAGGCUUUCUAUCAAGCAAUUAAAAACAAGAUAUCUCUCGCUGAACUGUUUGAUAGUAAUCGUGGACAGCUCAAUGAGAAGAGAAUUUUGAAUUUAAUGAACAUUGUUAUUCAACUAAGGAAGGUUUGCAACCAUCCAGAAUUAUUUGAAAGGAGUGAGGGAAGCACAUACCUUCAUUUUGGAGAGAUUCCAAAUUCUCUUCUACCUCCUCCAUUUGGGGAGUUGGAGGAUGUAUACUAUUCUGGGGGUCACAACCCCAUUUCAUACGAGAUACCAAAACUUGUGUAUCGAGAAAUUAUGCAGAGUUCUGAGACUCUUGGUUCAGCUGUUGGUCAUGGUGUCUGCAGAGAAUCUUUUCUGAAACAUUUUAAUAUUUUUAGACCAGAAAAUGUUUAUCGAUCUGUUUUCCCAGAAGGUAUGUGUGUUAGCAGUGGAGGCUUUGGUUUUACCCAUAUGACGGAUUUGUCUCCACAAGAGGUGGCAUUUUUGGCUAAUGGUUCUUUUAUGGAGCAAUUGUUAUUUUCUAUGAUGAGAUCGGAUAAAAAAUUCAUCGAUGAAGUUGUAGAUUUUCUUGUUGAGACCAUAGAUGAUGAUGAUCCAGAAUGUAGUAAUCUUGAGAAAGGGAAAGUGAGAGCUGUUACUCGAAUGUUAUUGGUGCCAUCAAAAUCUGAAACUCAGUUUCUUCAAAGAAGAUUUCCAACUGGGCCCAGCCAUGCUCCUUUUGAGGCCUUGGUAGUCUCAGAUCAGGAUAGACUUUUGUCAAAUGCAAGGCUGCUUCACUCGGCAUACACAUAUAUCCCACGGAGUAGAGCUCCCCCAGUUGGUGUUCACUGCUCUGAUAGAAACUUUUACUAUAAAAUGAUUGAAGAAUUCCACAAUCCUUGGAUUAAGAGGUUGUUUGUGGGAUUUGCACGUACAUCUGAAUGUAACGGGCCGAGAAUGCCAGAUUGUCAUCAUUUAAUUGAAGAAAUAGAUUCUGAACUACCUGUUUCUCAGCCUGCUCUACAGUUAACACACAGUAUUUUUGGGUCUUCUCCACCUAUGUGGAAUUUUGACCCAGCAAAGUUGUUGACUGACUCUGGGAAGCUUCAAACGCUUGAUAUAUUAUUGAGACGCUUAAGAGCUGAAAAUCAUCGUGUUCUUUUGUUUGCCCAGAUGACUAAGAUGCUGAACAUUUUGGAGGACUAUAUGAACUACAGAAAAUAUAGGUAUUUCAGACUUGAUGGAUCAUCUACUAUACAAGAUCGUAGAGACAUGGUCAGAGACUUCCAGAAUAGGCCUGAUAUUUUUGUGUUCUUGUUGAGUACAAGAGCUGGUGGACUUGGCAUCAACUUGACAGCUGCUGACACAGUCAUAUUUUACGAGAGUGAUUGGAAUCCAACAUUAGAUCUACAGGCAAUGGACAGAGCUCAUCGUUUGGGUCAGACAAGAGAUGUUACUGUUUACCGACUUAUAUGCAAAGAGACGGUUGAAGAAAAAAUUCUUCAUAGAGCAAGCCAGAAAAGUACUGUACAAAACCUUGUAAUGACUGGGGGUUCUGUUGGUGGUGAUCUUUUAGCUCCUGAGGAUGUUGUUUCUUUGCUUCUAGAUGAUCCCCAGUUGGAGCAGAAAUUAAAGGAAAUUCCCCUCCAGGCAAAGGAUAAGCAAAAGAAAAAACAACCUGCAAGGGGCAUUUUCUUAAAUGAAGAAGGUGAUGCAUCUCUUCAAGAUUUAACCAACGCUGUACCCCAGGGUACUGUGGAUAAUGAUCUUACUGUGGACACAGAGGGUUCAAAGUCUGCUAAUAAAAAGAGAAAAGCUGCCUCGGAUAAGCAGACUUCAAGGCUGAAGAGUUCUCAGAAGAUAAGUGAUGUCGGUAUUACAGCCAUGGACGACGAAUUGGAUGACCUGAACACUGAUCCAGUUGGCCAGAAGCCCAAGAGACCAAAAAGGUUAAAGAAGAGUGUUAAUGAGAGGUUCGAAGAGGCCUCUAUUGGCACGGCCACUGCCGUCACAGAGCAGACCCAAUAUCCACCUCCACAGGAUUUCACAUCCAUCGUUCCUAGAGCAGAAACGAGCCUAGACCCCUAAAUAUGUGGUCUUGACCAAAAGCUGGGAGUUACUAUUCUAUUGCCCUCGUGGAUUGAUAUAUUCAGGGGACACUGGCUCUUAUGCGACUGCAAGCAGUUGCAACCAAGUUGAGGAAGUUUUAUAACCUAGGUUUGUAUACGCUAGUGUUAAAUAUUUGUUGGUAAUAGAUAUGCCCCUAUUUUAUCACUCACAGGGCUUUGUACAGAUUGUAAUAUUAACCAAAUUUUUGAGCCACGGCCAAUAUUUACUUCAAUUAUAAUGAAUAUAUACGGUAGUUCAUUUCAUGUAA